CCCAAAUGAAAAUCGAUACUCGUGAAAAUUCUCCAACAGCAGACAAGUUGGCUCUAGUUGUGGUGAGAAGAGUUUUGUGAAUUUAAGAAGUUUAAAUGGCAAAUUAGAUCGAAUAAAAUAUCUAUUGUUUUAAAACUUCUAACGGGCUAAGGUUUUGUGCAGAAACAAGUCUGAUUAUCCCACAAUUUGUGGAAGAAAUUGAACUCAACUCCCUGAAAACCCCCAGUCCGGAAGUUGAGUCCCCUCCCCCAAAUCCGCGCGUGUACGUGGUUCCGUGAUUUACCGUGGCGCUGAGCGAACAAUCCAUCAAAACGCAGUCCCGAGUGCAUCCGAGUCCGGGGGAGAGUGCCCGCACGCUGGUGUGGGCCCUUCCCCUAACGGCGUCAUGCAACAUGGAAAACGGCAACUUUCACGGCAAUUUUAUGGAAAACGACGACGACGGACACCCGCAUCCGGCGCAUCCGGCCGAAGAUGUGACUCCGACGCAGGAUAGUAAUUUGUUGGACAGUACGGAGAUACUGAUCCAGAGCAGUAUGGAUGAUAUAUUUGAUGUGAUUAAGGCGGGGGAGCUUUCGGAGGUGGAGAACUUGGUGGAGAAGGUCGGUCCGGAGGCGUUGAGUGCUCGUGACAAGCAUGGGUACACUCCGGCGCAUUGGGCUGCAUUGGAUGGUAAUGUGGAGAUGAUGCGAUAUCUGGUUGAACGUAACGCGCCUGUGGAUUUGCCAUGCUUGGGUACGCAAGGUCCGCGGCCGAUUCAUUGGGCCUGUCGUAAGGGUCAUGCUGCGGUGGUGCAGGUUCUGCUUCAGGCUGGAGUUGCUGUAAAUGCUGCGGACUUUAAAGGAUUGACUCCGUUGAUGACCGCUUGCAUGUAUGGACGAACUGCUACAGCGGCUUAUCUGUUGGGAAUGGGAGCCCAGAACCAUCUGACAGAUAUCAACGGGGAUACUGCAUUGCAUUGGGCAGCUUACAAGGGUCACGCCGACCUGAUCCGUCUGCUGUUGUACUCUGGAGUAGAUUUACAAAAAACGGAUAACUUUGGAUCAACACCGCUGCAUCUAGCUUGUCUUUCGGGUAACUUGCAGUGCGUUAAAAUUUUGUGUGAAAAGCGAAACUUGGAGCUGGAACCGAGGGAUAAAAACGGCAAGACUCCGUUGAUGUUGGCCCAGAGUCACCGAAACAACGACGUGGUCAAGUUGCUGCAUAACGAGAUCAAGAAGAAGUCUCGCUGGAUGCCACCGAUCUCGGAGCUCUGGAGUCUGCUUUUUGGUGGAGCUGGAGCUUCAAAGGGACCGUUGAUCUUGUUUUUGUUCUCUGUACUGUUGUGGGGCUAUCCGAUGUACAUGAUUCGGUGCAUCCCAAUAACUUGGAACGUAUUGCGUCGUUCGCACUACUGCUUCAUCUACUGGAAUGCAGUCAUGUGGAUCAGCUGGGUUAUUGCAAAUCGUCGUGAUCCUGGUUACAUCCCACUAAACUCCGAUACGUAUUACCGCGCCAUCAAGCAGAUUCCGUACUUUGACAAGUGGAAGAAGCGUAACGUGAUUCUGUCGAGACUUUGCCACAGCUGUCGAUGCCUGCGGCCGUUGCGGGCCAAGCACUGCCGAAUCUGUAACCGCUGUGUCUCCUACUUCGAUCACCACUGUCCGUUCAUAUAUAACUGCGUCGGACUACGAAACCGGAUGUGGUUCCUUCUGUUUGUUCUGAGCGUGGCGAUCAACUGUUCAUUUACCAUCUACUUUGCCUGCUAUUGCGUCAUGAUCGAGGGAUUCAGCCUACUUUACGUACUCGGUUUAGUCGAAGCAUUCGUUUUCUGCGGUUUAGGAUGGAUCUUAACUUGUACUUCAAUCCUCCACGCCUGCAUGAACCUGACCACGAACGAGAUGUUCAACUACAAGCGCUACCCGUACCUGCGGGACAAACGCGGCCGCUACCAGAACCCCUUCUCCCGCGGUCCCAUCCUGAACCUGUUCGAGUUCUUCGUGUGCCUGCCGGACCGCCAGGACGAGCUGCAGGACUUUAUGCAGGACGAGAACCUUUGAUCCCACAACGGCAGCGUGAAGCGGAAACGGCUUACCAGCAGCUAAUAAGCAGCGCCAUUUUUGUCCAGUCGCACUUUGAACUUUGCCUGCUCUCACACCCACACAGAAAUACACACCGGAUGCCGGAAAAGGGCAAGAGAAACGCUUACGAAACGAAAAAAGAGCGCAAAAAUGAAGUUCUUUCAAAUUUCGACUUUAAGCAAUGAACAAUUUUUUCAUUGGGUAUAAAAUACGUUUAUUAUACUUUUCAAAUGUUUCGAUACCUACACGAUAAAGUUGUGUUCCGUUGUCUAUUUUACGCUACCAUUCCAGUAUUUGUUGCUUUGUUGUCAAUACAUAUUUAAUGAGUUUAGUUUAAUAAUGCAUGCAUCGAAUGUUUUACGUUUAAGUAUAGUCGAUAUUCGGAUCGAGAGGAUUUGUUAUGAUUCUUACACAUAAACUUAGCGCGCUAUCAGAUAAAAGAAACUCUUUAAAAUAGAUGUUAAACAAUGAUUAUAUAUUUGUUGAAAACUGAAAAUAAUAAGUAGCUAAUCCAUCAAAAGACCAACUGUUACGUUACCCUCUCUAGCAUGUCACUACCAUAGAACAAAUAUUAAAUACUGAACAAUUUAUCAUUAUAGUAAAAUACGAAAUGCGCUCACACACACACACGUGUGUGUGUGUGCUAAAUAUGUAUGUGUGUAGCGUACGUAGCUUCGAUAAAUUGCACAAUAGAACGUGUUUUUUUGUUAUUGUGUAAAUCUCAUUCUAGCCUAGCAGACAAACCAUUCCCAUACACAACCCAAAAUAGACAGCAGCAGAUGUAUUUGUUCAACCCUAUGAAAUAAUGAGGCCGUAUUUUUGGAGAGAAUCACGAUUUUUACAUAAUGUUUAGCAGAUUCCGUCGGCUUGAAUGCUUGAGAAAUAAAAUUUCUUAACAAAUUGCA